UGCUGAAACUAAAGAAAUUCUAAAUACUUACGAAACCUUAGUUCUGUUGUUUAUUUCUAAAAAUGUCCCAACCGGUCGCAUCCAAAGCUCGUGUUAUUAAGGUUCUGAAUCGCAUUGGAGCCCGUGGAAUCCUAACCGAAGUCCGGGUGCAGCUGGUGGAUCAGCCCAGGAUGCAAUUUAUGCGAACUGUGAAGGGACCCGUCCGCCUGGGAGAUAUAGUCGAUUUUGAGGACACCGAAAUGACUUGGCAGUCUUCAAGCAGGAGCAACAGCAACUUUGGAGAUAUUUGCUAAACUUAUGAAGACAUCGGUGGUACCAAAAGUCGGAAGCGCCGGCUCUUAAAAGCUAUCUUAACUCGUUACAUGAUUAAAUCGAACUUAUGCACUAUAAACAAGCUAUAAAUAAAAUAUUUUAA